GCUGAGCCGAGCCCAGCAGAGCUGAGCCUAGCAGAGCCCAGCCCAGCCCCCGGCCACCCUCUCCUCGCCUGGCCGGGCGUGGGGCGCCUCCCUGCAUCUGGAGAGAGACAGAGAGAGAAAGGGGUGCGAGAGGGGAGGAAAGAAGGGGAAAAAAAUUUUCAAACCCCACGGAAAAAGGCGAAUUCUCCAGCGCGAGCUCGACUCCGGAGGGCCCGAGAGGAGAUUUGCACCCCCGCUCCUUGCACCGGCCGGAGGGGAGAGGCGCGGCAGUUGCGGGGCCAGCAUGGGCGGAGGGGCUGCAAGGAGCAGCCGCCCCCCGCGCCUGGAGCGGCGGCUGCUGCUGCUGCUGGGGCUCUGCGGCUGGGCGGCCGCCCUGCGAGGAAAUGAUAACAGUGAAGCCCUUCCAGAGUCUAUCCCAUCUGCUCCUGGAACACUGCCUCAUUUUAUGGAGGAACCAGAUGAUGCCUACAUUAUAAAAAGCAACCCCAUUGUCUUACGCUGUAAAGCUAUGCCAGCUAUGCAGAUUUUCUUCAAGUGCAACGGUGAAUGGGUCCAUCAAAAUGAGCACGUGUCUGAGGAAAGCAUGGACGAGACCACAGGAUUGAAAGUUCGAGAGGUGUUCAUCAAUGUGACGAGGCAGCAGGUGGAAGAUUUUCAUGGUCCAGAAGAUUACUGGUGCCAGUGUGUUGCUUGGAGCCAUCUAGGGACCUCAAAGAGUAGGAAGGCAUCUGUCCGCAUAGCUUAUUUACGGAAGAACUUUGAGCAAGACCCACAAGGGAAGGAGGUUCCUAUCGAAGGGAUGAUCGUCCUCCACUGUCGGCCGCCUGAGGGAGUCCCUGCAGCUGAGGUGGAAUGGCUGAAGAACGAGGAGCCCAUCGAUUCUAACCUGGAUGAGAACAUUGACACCAGAGCGGACCACAACCUCAUCAUUCGGCAGGCGCGUCUGUCUGACUCGGGGAACUACACCUGCAUGGCCGCCAACAUCGUUGCCAAGAGGAGGAGCAUGUCUGCCACGGUUGUGGUGUAUGUUAACGGAGGCUGGUCGUCAUGGACUGAGUGGUCAAACUGCAAUGCCCGCUGCGGUCGGGGCUGGCAGAAGCGAUCGCGGACCUGUACCAACCCGGCUCCGCUCAACGGAGGUGCAUUUUGUGAAGGAAUGUCCGUGCAGAAAAUUACCUGCACUUCUCUUUGCCCUGUGGAUGGGAGCUGGGAGGUGUGGAGCGAGUGGUCCGUGUGCAGCCCGGAAUGCGAGCACCUGAGAGUUCGGGAAUGUAUCGCGCCACCUCCAAGAAACGGAGGGAAGUACUGCGAGGGCUUGAGCCAGGAGUCGGAGAAUUGCACUGAAGGGCUUUGCAUUCAAGAUAUUGAGACCGCCAGUGACAUCGCCUUGUACUCCGGCCUGGGAGCAGCAGUCAUUGCUGUAGCCGUGCUGGUGGUUGGCGUUACCCUUUACAGACGGAGUCAGAGUGAGUACGGCGUGGAUGUGAUUGAUUCAUCUGCACUGACAGGAGGCUUCCAGACAUUUAAUUUUAAAACAGUCAGACAAGGGAACUCCCUGCUUUUGAACUCCUCCAUGCAGCCCGACCUGACGGUGAGCAGAACGUACAGUGGUCCAAUCUGCCUGCAGGAUCCCAUGGACAAGGAGCUCAUGACAGAGUCUUCGCUGUUCAACCCGCUGUCAGACAUCAAAGUCAAGGUUCAGAGUUCAUUCAUGGUGUCCCUAGGGGUGACAGAGAGGGCUGAAUAUCACGGAAAGGCACAUUCUGGAACUUUUCCUCAUGGGAAUAAUAGAGCUUUUGGUACAAUACAGGCUAGAAAUAAGGCUACGUACAUUCAGAACCUGUCUUCUAUUUCAACAAGAAGUGAGCUGAAGACAAGUGCCAUUUUUGGACACCUGGGUGGCCGUUUAGUGGUUCCAAACACAGGAGUCAGUUUGUUGAUACCACAUGGAGCCAUUCCUGAAGAGAGCUCGUGGGAAGUCUAUCUUGCCGUCACUCAGAAGGAGUCCAGCCUACAGACGGACGGCACAGAUGUUCUUCUAGGACCAGAAGUAACUUGUGGCCCCUCAGAUCUGUCUGUCAGCACUCCGUUUGCCUUGACAAUACCACACUGCGCAGAAGUAAACGCAGAGCACUGGAAUAUUCACUUGAAAAAAAGGACACAGCAAGGAAAAUGGGAGGAAGUGAUGUCUGUGGAAGAGGAAACUACUUCUUGCUACUGCCUGUUGGAUCCUUAUGCCUGUCACAUUCUCUUAAACAGCUUUGGAACUUAUGCUCUUAUUGGAGAACCGAUCUCUGACUGUGCCGUUCGACAGCUGAAAGUCGCGGUUUUUGGCUGCCUGUCUUGCAAUUCUCUGGAUUACAAUCUGAGAGUAUAUUGUAUGGAUAACACACCUUGUGCAUUUCAGGAAGUGGUUUCGGAUGAAAGACUCCAAGGAGGACAGUUACUGGAGGAACCAAAACUCCUGCAUUUCAGAGGGAAUACCUUCAGUCUUCAGAUAUCUGUCCUUGACAUCCCUCCUUUCCUUUGGAGAAUUAAACCAUUCACCGCAUGUCAGGAGGUCCCGUUCUCCCGCGUGUGGUGCAGCAGCCAGAAGCCGCUGCACUGUGCCUUUUCGCUGGAGCGCUACACUCCCGCCACGACGCAGCUGUCCUGCAAGAUCUGCGUCCGGCAAGUCAAGGGUCACGAGCAAAUCCUGCAGAUCCAGACAUCCAUUCUGGAGAAUGAAAGAGAAACCAUCGCCUUCUUUGCACAUGAUGACAGCAACUUCCCCGCACAGAUGGGUCCAAAAGCGUUCAAAAUCCCCUACUCGAUUAGACAACGAAUCUGUGCGACGUUUGACACACCCAACGCCAAAGGCAAAGACUGGCAGAUGUUGGCACAAAAGAACAGCAUUAACAGGAACCUCGCCUAUUUCGCUACACAAAGCAGUCCCUCGGCUGUCAUUCUGGACCUCUGGGAAGCCCGGCAUCAACAUGAUGGUGACCUUGACUCCCUAGCCUGUGCCCUGGAAGAAAUAGGAAGGACACACUCCAAAAUCUCAGACAUGACAGAACCUGAGAUUGAAGAGCCUGACUUCAACUACAGCAGACAAAAUGGACUUUAGUCACUCUUUUCCACCCGAGAACUGAUGGCCAGCUUUGACUAUUACACUAGAGAAUCUCUUUGGCAGGGAGGAAAUAAGGGUUUCUGCACACUGUGUGUAUGGAAACAGCCACUCAUUGCCACAACGCGGUUUUCAGUUGGAGGAGCAGAAGCAGCCCUUUUAAAAAUCAUCGCAGUAGUAAGGAAAACACAAGCUUCUCCCUGUCCUCUCCCACUUAAAAUUCACGUUUUAAUGUCAAAACCAAAACUGCACGUCUGUCAUUCCUGGGGCAGGAAGGAGUGAGAUACAGAGCCAUAAAAGCCGUAAAUAUUAUGACAUAAUGUAUUUAGGAAACAGUGAUGCUAACAUACCGCCUAGUGAAAUCGGCAAAUAUGAUGCUGAAUAUUUAGAGCUACUAGAAGUUAAUCCUAGUGUAAAGGUCUGUCUUCUUGGGGCCGUGACUCCCCUUUGUCCCGCAUCUCUACCUUUCCACGCUUAAAGAGUGGGUUUAAACGGUCCUUUGAUAGCAUCAUGUCGUCACUUCGUAUCUGCUACAGAAAAACUGAAAAUCUGGCCUUAUCCUGUUCCGAUGUUUGAGGAAUUAGAAGAGCUCAUAGGUAUUUAAGUGAUGAUAUCAAGCGUAUUCCCAAAAAUUUAUUUUAAAAAUUCAGUCACUUAAUGAAUGUAACAUUUGCUGCAGAGGUUUCCUGCCUAUUCUGUUAAGAAAAGAACAGAGUGAAACCCUUCGCGGUGAAAUCAGAGUGUGUGUGUGUGCGUGAGAAAUUUUCCCAAGGUCUCGGUCUGCAAACUCUCACUUAGUCAAAAAACGUUUCGGGCGGGGGGGGGUGGGUGUGGAUUUUAAAUAACCAAAUGAACCACAGGAAAUUGCCAGCCCUAUUUUAGCAAGUUUACACAUUUUUUUUAUUACUUCAUGUUUAGGGGCUCUACUAAAAAGUAAAGGUGAAGUCAAUCAAUGCAGUUUAAUUUUGGUUCAGUUUCAGAUUGAACCAAUAAAGCCCACACGGUGCUGCCAAAAAUUGGCUUGAUUUCAUUGUACAAUAUAAAAAUUUGGCCGGCUAUAAAGCUGGCUGUGUUACACUUGGUUUAGUUACAAACAUACUGCAUUUACCACCAAAACCAGAAUCUAACUAGAGAAUUCUCCCCAUUUUUGUUUUAUCCAUUUCAUACAAAAAUAAUUUAGUACUUCAACUGAACCAAAAAGAGAGCUGUCACUGUGAGUGUCCUGGUGGAACUGGUACUGAGCCAAAUUGAAGCAUUAUUUUUACUCAUGUAUUCCUUAAAUGAGCCAGGGUGCCCGUGAGCCCCGGCCCUAGGCUGGCCGUUUGGCGAUGGGAGCGCAGUCAGCGUAACGCGGGAACACAACCAAGACUGUAGGAGCUUUAUGGGAAUUCAGGAAAUUGAAAACAAGCAUUCUGGGGUCGGUUGUUUUCAUCUUAACCCCCCCUUAUUUGGCUGAGAGCAGCACGAUAGGCCGCAGGGUCGGUACUUAGUGUGCAAAUCUAUAAUAUUCUGAAACUCUGUCUUUACCCAGGAAUCCAGUUCUGAAAAGACUGAUGAACAACUCUUCAUGUAAGACUUUGCUUGUUCUCGCUGAUCUGAAAGUGCCAAUUUCAUUGCUUUCCCAGCUCAGCAGGCUGGAAUCGUCUUAGACUUACUUAUAAAUACUUAGACUUCCCCAAACAUUUUCUGCACUUCAGUAUUUCAUGCAGCCUGACGUGAGAGUUCCUGUUUGCAAUGGGAAAUCAUAAUGGCUGCAAGCAUAUUUAGGGCUAAGACAAAAAUACCAGCUUAUCUGGCAGCAAGCUGUCACGGUUUUCAGCAGCGCAUGGUUCUAGCUGUGUUUGAAUUAUAUUUCUAGUGACUUCCAGUCCUCCUCCUCAGAAACCUGUUCUUCAUUGGACAAAAUGUCAUGAAUUAAGAAAAAAAAAAUAGGGAAUGGCAUCCACGGCAAAGCGGUGGAGUUUUAGUGAGCUGUCGUUGUCUGGGAAACCAGCUACAGUCGCUCCCAGCACUUAAUUUGUUCUCAGCAUCUCCUCAGAUGCAGUUUUAAGUUUCAAACUAGCUUAGGUUAGCUUCUGCAGCAAAGACCUAGGUACGACCCUGCAGGUGCUGUAACAUAGUCCUGUCAUCCCGAAGAGCUGUAUGUAUUUUCUCCUCCUGUUUUCCAAAUACAUGUGAGCUACAGGUAGCAUACGGGGUCAAAAGGAGCUGCUGCGUCAAGCUCAGAGCUGAGAGCGGUUUCUCAGGAAAUGCACGGUGUUUACGUUCCAGACUUGGGGAGCUUUGAAAACCCUCUAUGUACAGCGACACCCAACUCUGCCUAUGAGUGCUCGGGAAAGCCUAGAGAGCGCGAGAAACCAGAGGCUGGCUAGAGUGACUUGCUCCAAAGUACCUCUACAAGGGCCUUCAGGCUGAAGGGAUCUGGGUUGGUCACCAAAACCCAAGUUAGAUCCACAAUCCAAGGAAGGCUAGCGUCUGACUUAACAAGCUGAAAAGGAAUAAAUGUCAAAGUUUCUUACAAUGACAGAAAAGAAAUCGCUUAGUCUCGGGCCUAAGGUAAGAUUUUCAUUUUAUACUGCUCAAUAGAGUAUUGCUGGGUCUUUUUAGGUUUUGGUCCCCGGUUUUUCUCUUUGCUUUUGCUAAAGCAGCUUCUUUGUUACUGAUCUUAUUUUGUGAAUCUGAAUUGAGAUCUCUGACUUUUUCUAACCUGUUACAGUUUCGAUGCUCUUGUAACGUUUAAGGACUAGAAAUGCCACGACACUCCAUGUGUACAUCUUUCCCAUUGGACUGGGGGUUGAAACGGGAACCAAACCACCAGCCUACAUCUCUAGUGCGAGCUUAUCUAGCUGUACACCUGAGUCUUGCAAGAACUGCCAGACUAUGUCAGGUGAAAAUCCAUUUAGUCAUGUAUGGUAUCUCCAAUAGUGACCAGACUGAAAGUUUAGGGACACAGCGUAAGAAACAUGCCCUGUACCGAAGGAUUUCCUCAGCAGGGGGUUGCAUCUGGACCACCGUGUCCAAGAACCGCUGAUAUCGUCCUUCAACAACUGACUAAUCCCCUUUGCACCCGCUGAGACACUCAGCCUUCAUGAACAACAUCCAGGACAAACAAGUGCCACAAUCAUCUUUUGCAUCUUUUUAAACAGCCCUUCCUUUACAAGCCUUCCUUGUGUUCAACACGUGCUGCCUAACAGUUGCGCUGGGCUCCCCAAGCUCUGUGGCGGAAGGAAUACUGAGGACAGUUACCAAAUCACCCUGUCCAUCUCGUGCGUUCUUCUACAGGCUCCUCUCCCAUUUCAUUUCUGCUCACUCUCUUGUCCAGGCUGAAACCCCUGGUUUCUUCUAUGUCUUUGAACAUCCUUGCCGGUAUUCUCUGCAUCAUCUCUAGUUCUGUAUCUUUUUGCAGACGGAGUGACCGAUACCUGCUUUUCAACAGGAACGCAGGCUAAGUCCCGCAGUUCCUCCAUGUCCUCGAUUUCUUGCUGUUCCCACUUUCAGUAUCAAUCACAGAGGAUUAAGAUCUUCCGAUAGCAUAAAGCCCCAGGAAACACCUGUGAGGGAGCACAGGGCGCCUGAGGAUACCGUAACUGACUUCACUAUCUAAAUUACUCAAGCUAAUACAUGCCGCACAGCCAGGGAAUAAACCUGCGAGGAAGAACCAUGUAGCUGAAAAAAAGACUGAGGUGACAGAGAGGGUGCCAAAAUAAUUUAAAAAAUCAUAAAAAGGAAAAUAUUUGUUCUCCAUGAUAAUGGUGGAUAUUGGUAGGCUGUAACUGGACAAUAAGAACUUAAGUUGGACUUUAGAGUGGAAAAACAGGCUACUGGGGUUUUUGCUAUUCCCUGUCCCCCCAGUGCAUCUGUCGUACACCUGGUCCGUCUGGUGCGGACACGCCUGGUUUCAGAUGCUCUCUUGCUGUUGUUUUGUGUCAGCAUCGUGGCUGUAUUGAUAGGACUUUUUCUCAGAGAGGCUUAUGCCAGUCCUCCUCCCUUUCUUACGCACAGUCCUGGUUUUAGAGAUGGAGAAAUUAAAAUGGUUUUUGGGCAAAUGCAUCUGCUACCAGAUAAACGAGGCAGCAACACAGGUUUUGUUACCAUUAACAAACAGCUAAACAGCACAAGUGAAGGAUGUUGAGUGUUCCCUUCCUGUUUUCCACAGUAGAAAGCAGCUGACUUUUGCCAGCUCCCCCCAGCCUGCUGGAAGCGCACGUCGCCACGCAGCGGUCUCGCUGCGAUAAUUCAGAACGUGUAUGCAAAUGCUAUAUAAAUAGGUAAGUCCAACAUUAUCAGCAAGCUUAAAACUCCAGAAGCGCAUUUUCAACAUCUAUCUAGAAGAGAUUUUUCUGGAACUCUGUGUACAUAUGUAUACAAUGUGAUCCCAAGCACAGAUGCAGUGAGCAUCUGAAACAGGAUGAGAGGCCAGAAAUUAGACAUCUAUUCUUUUUCCUCUAUUUUAACGAUUAUGACUUCUGAAAAAUAAUUUUUAAAAAUCUCCUCACAAACUAGAAAGUAAAAGCGCGAGAACCGUCAUGUUACACACCUAAGAUUCCAUCCAGCUGCCCCAAGUCGGAGAUGAGAUGGCGAAGGAGCCGUUUUGAUUUCACAUCACCAAAGAAUCUGCUCUAGUAGCUUUCCCGCUUCUCCCAGAUACUUCUGUGCUGCGAGUCAUUUAAGACUAAUAGCUGCAUUUUAAAAAAGACUUACAAUUUUGUCACCAAAAGGGUGCACUCCGCAGCGCCGCCGGACUGCAGCACUGUAAAGCUAAUUUACAGUUUUUACAACGCUGCUUUUGCAAUCUUAGUAGUUUACAUUAAAAUCCUUUAAGCCACAAGGAAAGGAACCCUGCUCGGGAGAUUUAAAUUCAAACUUCAUUUAGCAGCACAAGUCCCAUAAAACCGCGAUGUACUCCCACAAAAAUUUUAGUGGGCUUUUUGUGAUAGGUGAAAAGAUACCGACACACGUCUCUUAAAAUACAGGGAACUAUUUUUGUUAUUAUUUUUAUCUCUGGCAACAGCUGGUCUCCUCUGCGGGCCUGCGCGCAGCUUCCUUCCAGCAGGUUGAGAGGGAAGAUUGUUCAGCAUAAAUCACUAAAACGGGGAGCCUGUUGCAGGACUACAUGGGAUUAACGUCAUACUAAAGAUCCGUUCUUUUUUUUCACUUGAAAUAUAGUGCUACGUGGGAGUUCUAAAACAUUCAGGAACUGAUCCAGUCCAGAUAAUGUUUUCCACUACCAAAAAUACAGCUUAUGUGUACAGGGAAGCCAAAACAAGUGAGGAGCCACAGUGGAAUUCUGUGCAUUAUUUGAAUUUUUUUUUUUCAGUCUAUUUCUGCCUAUAAAACAGAUUUAAGCAAAGGGCGGUGUUAUUUCUUGGCUGGUAAUUAACUGAGUGGGAAACAGGAAGGUACUGCUAAGGCCUUACCCACCGUGAAUGAUGUGAAGGUCUGUCUUUCUAGCCUUUCUUUCACCAACGCCCAUUCUAUCAGACGGUCUCCCUCUCUCUGCACAGCAGCAGAGGUGGUUACCGUUAUCCACUGAGAACCUUUUUCAUGCUAAAUCUGCUGAAGAGUGUUUUCUCUGCGUUGUGUAUUUGCGGCAUGUGCUUUGGUGAAAUUACUCCCUUGACGCUGUUCCUGCUUCAGAAGAGGCUGGCGGUUUUUCCGCAGCAGCGUGUAAAAUCCUUUCUUGGAUAUAUAACGAUUGUCAGGUUAAAACGGUCUAGUUAAAAUUACUUAAACCUUAAAGGAUUCCUGAGCAAGUGCGGUAACUAAACGUCCUAGGUAUGUAACACACGCUACCUGUAGCGACGAAUAAAACUCAAUAUGCUGGCAAAAGACCACGAAUCAUUUUCUAGUAACGCACAGUCUAGCUCUCUUCGCUCAUUGCCAAUACUAGCAUAAACGGUAGCAAAAGUCUCCUUUCCAACACGGACAAAAAUAAAUAAAUCACUCUAAGAUUAAAGAAUCACUUGGAGAAUCAUUUGAUAGUAACAGCGUCCGCAAUGCAGAAAACAGAACUGACGUUCUACUCGUUGCUGCAAGUAAAAGCCCGUCGGUAUCAGUGUUCACUGUUCUGUCCAAAAAUAAAUGUCUAGGAACUUGCCACUAUAUUUUUUGUAUUAGAGGUGAAUAGUACAGAUUCUACUAGUGUUUCUUGUCUGGGGCUUGGGUGGGUAGGGGUGUAUUGUAAUUUUCAAGCUAUUGCAAAAGCUGCUUUUAAAUAAGCUGUUCAGUUGUAUUGAAUAACUGGUUUGUGCUUUACAAGGGAAUCCAGGUGAGCCAGGAUUCAAUGGGUAGCCUCCUUGCCUUGCUGUCACAGGGUAACUAGAGCUGAAGUCACUUGUGAAAAUUUAGCUAAGGGAUAGGGAGAUUAGAUGACCCAUCCCUGAUCUGUAAUGUAGUGUACUGUAAUCUAAUGAGAUUAGACACUCACCUCCUGUAGAACCGUGGUUUCGUCAGCAGCUGCUUAGUUUGUCUGCCCCUGGUGUGAUAACCUUGGUUGAGAAUGUACUUCUGCAGAUUUAAGAAGAUGUCAAACCCCUGUGUUAUCUGGUCUCUGUAUAUAAAUCGUACUGUCUAAUCCCAAAAGGAGAUGUGUAGCACAAAAUGAAGUUAAGGGUGUCCUGCACCAAGCCUGGGUAAAGUUUUUUCUGAUACAGCAGGAGGGGGAAGACAUGGAUCUAACAGCUGGUGUAUUUGCUACAGGGAACGAGAGUGUUUCCUUACAAAUCCUCGCUUAGAGCUGACCGAAGCUUUGUUUUUGCAGUUUAAAAUCUGUAAGACCUGGUAUUUCCCAUUCUGAACGGAACAGUAACUGUACGGUGAUGGUAUCUUUUCAAGCAAUUCCUUCAGGUUUCCCCCCUUUGUGCACUGAAAUUGGAGGGGGAGGGAGGAAUAUUUUUACGUGAAGCUGUAGACUUUUCCAUUCUUUCCACUUCCCAUCUAAAGCCCAGAUACCGUCCCCGCGACUGAACCUCACAACGGUCCCUGAUGCAUCAGUAAGCAGCGCACGCACGCGCCUCACUGGGACGUGCACGUAUGUGUCCUUCUGGUGGCUAUCUGGGAACAGCAAACUGACAUGAUGCGGUUUGUGACUUGGGAGAUGUAGCUGCCUCCUCCCACCUCUUAAUCAGAUUCUUGCCCACUGUGACUCUGCUGAUCUCAGUUUAGACACGGGUACAAAAACGUUGCCUGAACUCCUUCGGUUAAUUUGGACGAGGUGGGAUGUGAUGCUGGUCAGGCUGGUGAGACAAACAGUGCUACACGCGACUAGAGCUAGCUGAAAAAUUUCCAUUGCAUUUUCAACUUUCGCAACUUUUGACCAGCCUUUUGGUGAAAAGGGGAGGGGGAACGUCAACAUAAUCAAACACAAAAUAAAUAAUAUUUUCCUGAAAGGAGAAAAUAACACAAGUAUUCCUCUACAGAGACCUAUUUUCUCUUCUGCUCCUUUAUUUUCGCAACGAAUAGGUUCUGAAAAUGUUGGUUCUUGCUCAUUUGACCGAGCAUUCGUCCCUCCCCCCGCUUCUCCCCACAGUUUCAGUGUGCUUAGAACUGAAAAAAGAGCAGAGGUUUGAAUGCUUUCUUUAGUAUGAAGCUGAAGGAGUAGGGAAGAGAGACAGAAGAGCAUUAAAUAAAAAGCAUGGCCUUGGCUUCAUACCACACUUUCUGUGCCUUGUUCUAUCAAUGUAAAUUCUGAAUGUUGUACAGUAAAAUACUUGGGAAAGACUCCUUGGAAAAGGCUGCACUGGCUUCUUUUUUCAGCACAUGUACAUAUAUAAAUAUAUACAUAUAUAUAUUUGGUAAUGCCAAACAGCUGUGUUAUAUUGUACUGAAAAAGUAAUAAUGGACAGUUUGGAUGUUUUAUGUAGAGUUUGCAAAAAUUGUAUGGCUAUAGCCUUUUGAAGAUAAAUGUACAGACGUAAAUUCCUGCAUAUCAGUUAUUUAUGAAUAAAGAGUCUUUUACUGACAUCUUA